ACGCCUCUGCCCGUAACAUUCGCUCAUUUGUUGUCCGUGUUUGAAAGAGUGUGUGAUAACAGUGGGCAUGACCUCUUCUGCCAGGAGCUAUAAGAGUGUGUGAGGUUAAAGGAGUGUGGACAGUCGCUCAGCGUGCAGCAUCAUGGAUCCGCUCUCCGCCUGCCUGCUCCUGCUCACCUGCCUGGCAGGUUUUUCUGCCAGUGAAACUGAGGAGGGUGGAGCUGUCGGGGAAAGCUCCUACGGGCCGUCCUCGGUGCAGAUCGUGGGGGUGAGUAUUGUGACAGUGGGAAUCCCGUAUGGUUUCCAGUGCACAGCUGUUUGCUACCCAGACUGCAAGUACACCUGGACCCGGGGUAGUGUGACCUCUCAGGGGCCCGAGCUAAGCCUGCAGCUGCUGCAUGUAGUCCCAACACAGACCCUGUCCUGCACUGUGUUCAACUCUGCAACAGGGAAGUCAUCCACUGUCCAAAAGACCCUGCAGGUGACAGCGGGACCAUCAAACAUACAGAUCAGCGGUCCAACCUAUCUGACCUAUGGAGCGGAGUCCAUCUUCAUCUGCUCAGCCAGCUGCUACCCAUCUUGCAGCUACUCCUGGACCGUAUCCUGGAAAGGGCAGACGCUCAGCAAGGCAAAUACUGGCAACAUCUCUGUCACUCCAUACAGCAGCACUGUGCUCGAAGAGAACCUGUUGUGUGAGGCCAUCGAUCCCAUCUCACAUCUCUACAUUACUAGCUCUUUGCUGCUGCCCGUCGCAAGCAUAUCUGACAUCAGCAUUGUUGGUGACAGCACAGUGACAAUGGGGAAACAGUACACAUUCACAUGCUAUGCUGCAUGCUAUCCGUCCUGCAACAUUGUAUGGAAGUACAUGGGAAAGUCUUACGAAGGCAACCAAGUCCAGAUACCCAUCUUACAUCAGGGGGACAAGAAAAAGUUUGCCUGUCACCUGCAGAUCACCUUUAAUGACUACACCAAAAUCGAGCCUCUGACCUGUGAGGCUAUGAACACUGUGUCUCACAGCAUUAGCACCUCCGUUAUGAACCUCACUGUCAUCGACCCCAUCUCAGUGCACGCCUCCUCUAAGGGCCUGCCAGUGGGAGAAAAGCCCUUCUCUCUGCAGUGUGUGGGCCCUCAGAACCCCGCCUCCAUCACAUGGCUUUGGAACAAACUCCCAAUGCCAGCAUCUGAAAGAGUGCACUUCUCCUCUGACAACAGCACGAUGACGUUCAAUCCUCUCGUGCACACUGAUGAUGGCUUAUACCAAUGUGUGGUGGCAGAAGGGGGUCCCCCCAUUCAGUCUGUUGGCUACCAGAUGCAAGUAAACUAUGGCCCAUAUGGAGUGGGGAUCAGCGGGGGGGACCUACUGACUGUAGGAAUGCUGUAUCAUUUCAAUUGCUCUGUCGCCUGCUACCCAACCUGCCUGCUGACCUGGACCUGGGGUAAUGUCACCUCCCAUGGCCCCGAGUUCAGUCUGCAGAUCGAGAAGCUGAUACCACCACAACUGCUUACCUGCACAGCAGUCAACCCAGUGACGGGCGUAGAACUCUCCGGAGAAAAGAAAAUGCAAGUCAUAGCUGGACCAACAAACAUACACAUCAGCGGUCCAGGCUUCCUGACUGCAGGAAUUGUGUCCAACUUCACCUGCUCUGCCGACUGCUACUCCUCGUGCAGCUACUCCUGGACCGUCACUGAUGAUGGUCUGGUGUUAAGUAAUGCCCAAGGAAACACAAUUUCUGUCACCCCAUCCACAUCUGGUAUUCAUUUCGUUGAGAAUCUGACCUGUACGGCUCAGGAUACCGCCUCACAUGUCUACAUCAGUAAGGCUCUGUUGCUGGCCGUGGCAAGCCUUUCUGACAUCAGCAUUGUUGGGAACACCACAGUGACGAUGGGAGAACAAUACAUGUUCACAUGCUCUGCUGCAUGCUACCCUUCCUGCGAAAUUAUAUGGAAGUACAUGGGGGAGACAUUCCAAGGGGACCAUAUUGAGAUACCCAUUUUGAAAUCGGCUGAAAAUAAAAAGUUUGCCAAGAGCUUGGGGAUCACCUUUAGUGACUACUUUAAAUUUGAGCCUCUGACCUGUGAGGCUACAAACCUAUUAUCUAACGCCACAAUCAGCACCACUGUGAACCUCACUGUCAUUGACCCCUUCUCAGUGCGUCCUGCCACGCAGGCCCUGCCGGUUGCAGGAGAGUCUUUCUCUCUGCAGUGUGUUGGCCCUCAGGAGCCAGCCACCAUUACAUGGCUCAAAAACAAACACAAGAUGCCAGCCUCUGAAAGAGUGCGCCUCUCCCCUGACAACACCACCAUCACCUUCAGUCUCCUCUUCCGAGCGGACGGAGGACUGUACCAAUGUGUGGUGGGAGAGGAGGGCCCCCCCAUCUUAUCUGUGGGCUACCUGAUGCAAGUUAACUACGGGCCGGAUCAAGUAUCUAUAUAUAAACCUGGUGGAGGGCCGGUGGGGGCAGUUAUGUACGCUCAGCCUGGAUCCACCACAGAGCUGCAAUGUGUGGCUACCUGCUUCCCCGUCUGCUCCAUCAGCUGGUUCUACGGUGGUUCGCUCCUGGCUACAAAAACCUCCAUAUCCUUUACACCUGCAGCACCUCCAUACACGACCCCCCUCACCUGUGUGGCCUUGAAUCCUGCCACAAAACAGAACCUGACAGCUGAGACCACUGUGGUGGUGCCCGAUGGACCAAAGAACGUGGUCAUCAAAGGGCCCGCUUCUCUUGAGAUCGGGGUCACGGCCAGCUUGACGUGCUCAGCUGAGUGCACUCCUUCCUGCAGCUUCCAGUGGACGGUGUACGGAAAGACUAUGACGGGGAGCGUGAUAGACAUCACCCUGAACCGCUACAUCUCUGAAGAGUCCGUCAGCUGCCAGGCUCAGAACACCUACACCGGGCAGAUGGCUACUACCAACGAGACGCUCAGUGUGUCAGAUCCUCAAUGGUGUGGAUGCUGAGACCCUGAGGAACCCCCUCCCACCACAGCACCCCCCCUGCCCCCUCCUGAAUACUCUGUGCAGUGGAUCACAAAGUAGAGUUGGUAAUCUUCUUAUUAGGGACACUAAACGUAUGCGAGUGGCAGUAUUUGCUCAGGCGCUGCGUACUGACGGUGAUGGACUGGCGCCUUGAACAGGGUGUACUCUGGAGUUAGGACAAUGCAUGCUGGGAAAGGUUCCAACCUCUUUGUGACCCUGAACAAGAAUAAACAAGUAGAGAGAAAGGAUUGUGUUUGACUCGUAGAGUUGUUGGGUUUUUAAUUACACAGCUAAUCUCAUUUCACUGUAUAUAUACACACACCCAUUUGUCUUGCCAAACAAUAUGUAUAUCUUGCUGAAUAAACAAUGAGCUUCUGUACCUGC